CGUCCACCUCUGUUCGAAGUUGAAAGCGGGAGGAAGCCGCUGCUGCUGUUGUGUUCCCUGACAAAAUGCAUAGCAAGAUAAACAAGCCGUAAAGCGUUGACAGACUAUUACAAGACUGCCAUAUUGAAUACUUACGUUUUCCUAAACAUUGACACAGGAUGGACAUGACUAUGUGCUUGAAGUCGCUGCUCCUGGCCAUCCAGCAGCACCGAGACUGCAUGUCCACCCAGACCACUGCCAAGCUCCAGAAACAAGUGGAGGAGUUGUCCGGCUUAAAAUGCGACCAGCUGCUGUCGUCUGGCAAGAUGCUGCCCAGUGAGUGUGUGAGUGGUCUGGUGGAGGUCGCAGGAAACCCAAACAGCAGUCCUGUCCUCGUAGGCACCAUCGUCGCUCUGCUGGCACAAUUAGCCCAUGACGAGGACAGCCGAGAGAUGCUCCACAGUAGCUACAACCUGACCAGCACGCUGGCCUCCGUCAUCCAUCAGCACAGCGCAACACCUGGCGAGCCGCUGGUAUUACAGUGUCUACAGGUUCUGCAGAAGCUUACGUACAACACGCGCGUAUUCCACUCCACAAACUACAUUCACGAGCUCAUAGCCUUUCUCAUGACCAACAUCCAGUCUCAUAAUGACGACAUCACAAUGCCGUGCUUGGGCCUCAUGGCUAACCUGUGUCGAUACAACCACUCUAUUCAGGGCCACAUAAAGUCUCUGGACAACGUGAAGGCGUUCUACCGCACGCUGGUGAACUUCCUGGCUCACAACAGUCUGACAGUGGUGGUGUUCACCCUUUCCAUACUGGCCGGCCUCACGCUCAACGACAAAGUGGGAGAGAAGCUGUUUGAUGCCAAAAACAUCCACCAGACAUUCCAGCUUGUCUUUAACAUCAUCGUCAAUGGUGACGGCACUCUGACCCGGAAGUACUCUGUUGACCUCUUGGUUGACCUAUUAAAGAGCCCCAAGAUUGCAGAUUACCUGACCAGGUAUGAGCAUUUCUCAGCCUGUGUGUCUCAGGUGAUGGGGCUUCUCCAUGGAAAGGAGCCCGACUCGGCAGCCAAGGUCUUGGAACUGCUGCUGGCGGUGUGCAGCGUCUCGGGGCUGCGGGCGCUGCUCUGCGGCGUGGUCUUCCAGCCCGCGGGGCCCCGGCUCAGGGCCGGCCUCGGGCGUCGCCCGGGGGCGGGGCGCGACGGGGGCCCAAAGCCGGAGCAGCCCGGGCUGAGCCUGCUGAGGUGGCUGAGCGGUCCCCUGGAGUCGGCCGAGUCGUGCUCCCUGAAGGCCCUGCAGCUGCUCAGCGAGCUCCUCGAGGAGGCGCUGGCGGGGGACAGCGUGUCGCCGUGCGUGCUGAGCUUCGUGGAGAUGCUGCUGCCCGCGCUGCUGGAGCUGCUGAAGGGGCUCCGCUUGGCACAGGGCGACGCCCAGCUCCGGAGGCACUGCCUCCGGAUCACCCACGUCACCCACCUGCUCAUCCUCCUGUGUGGUGAAGACCAGACCAGGGCACUGGUCUCUCGUCAGGUGGGCGCACAGCUCUGUCUCUCGCAGGUGGAGUCCCUCCUGGCUUGUUGUCAGGACAACAGCCCCCUCACAAGCCAGCCCCAUGGUUCCGAUGGUGACCAUGUCCAGGUGUUUGCGGAGGCGGUGCUGAAGACUCUAGACCUGAUGAGUAAGCUCCGGGGCCAGGUGAAGGACAUGGAGACCAGCUUCUACAGGAUGCUGCAGGACCAGCGGAUGGUGAGUCCGUUCUCGGUGGCGCUGACGUCCCACCACAGGGACACGGUGCAGACAGGACUGGCGCUGCUGGUGGAGGCCACGCCCCUCCCAGACUUCCCCUCCCUCAUUCUAGGGGAGAGCAUCGCAGCCAACAACGCCUACCGUCAGAGGGAGCUGGAGCUGUCUGUAAAGCGCGUGGCAGUGGAGGAAGUCCCGCCCACCAGAAGCUUCACCCUCUCCGACUCCUCCAACAGCUCCAGCAAGAGUGUCAACAGCCUGAUAGAGAAGAUACAGAACGGCUUUGAGCUGCAGGAACCGGGUGAGGACGUGCGAGUAUCGGAGAUCAUCGACGUGUACGAGCAGAAGCUGUCUGCCCUCGCGGCCAAGGAGAGCCGUCUGCAGGACCUGCUGGAGGCCAAGGCCCUGGCUCUGUCCCAGGCCGACCGCCUCAUCGCCCAGAACCGCCAGCAGAAGGCCCAGGCCGAGGCUGAGGCCCGCCAGCUGGGCUCGCUGCUGAAGGAGGCGGCGCGGCGGCGCGAGCAGCUGCAGGCGGAGCUGGGCUCCCAGGUGCAGGAGGUGGAGCGCUCCCGGGCCGACACUCAGGAGCUGCUGCAGCACAACGGGCGGCUGCAGCAGGACUCCCUGGAGCACCAGGCCCUGAAGGGCGCCUACAACACGCUGCUCAGCAGGUUCAGCGAGGCGGAGCAGCAGCUGAAGGACCUGCACACGUCUCAGGCCUCCCUCACCAAGCAGACGGACGCCCUGAGGAGAAGCCACGAGGCCCUACGCCUGCAGCACGAAAAGACGGUGUCGGUGCUGGAGGAAAGAGAGUCCAAGGUCAAAUCCCUCCAGUCAGAUCUUCAGCAGCGUGGCGAUGACAUCACGGCCCUGCGGGAGCAGUUGAAGGCGGGGGAGGUGCAGGCGAAGGAGAAGGAGCGGGAGCGGAGGGAGCUGGAGGAGACAGUGGACAUGCUCAGGAAGGAGCUCAACAAGACGGAGCAGGCCAGGAAGGACGCCAACAUCAGGGCCUCCUCUCUGGAGCUGCAGAAGGACCAGGUGGCGGUCAAGCUGAAGCAGAAGGAGGACGAGUUGAACAAGCACUCGGCCAUGAUCGCCAUGAUCCACAGCCUGAGCAGCGGCAAGACCAAGAACGACGUCAACCUGUCGCUCUGAGAGCCUCAAACUCUGCCACGCAGAUUUUUAAUAACAUGGACACAUUUUAAAAAUUUAAAGAUUGAAAUUGACCUUUUUAGGUACAAGCCCUCUAUUCAUUAUCUGUAUUAUACUGUAAGGCAAUUUACCAAUUUUAAUUUACCACUUUGUUUCAAUGUAAUGUUUCAGCGGUCAUGUCCUUUUAAAUGUUUUUUUAUUUGAUUAAUAAAUUAUUUA